CCUCCCAUUUCUCUGCAUUUUCAAAUUCCUCUCUCAAUCAACGUGCAUUGUACUUGGGCCGAUUUUUUUAGGGUUUUUUCAAUUUCUAUAAAUCAGAAGUAGAAAAAGGCGAGAAUCGAUUCUCAGUUUUGAUCAAGUUCGUCGGGAUUCAGUGCCAGAUAGGUGGAGCAGUGAGGUGCCAGCAUCGUUUCCUACUUUCUUGAACUGAAAUCCCAAAGGGCUUUUGCUUCACAUUUUUUGUCGGUUUCCAUCUUGGGAAAAUGGCAUUGGAGAUUACCCAAUUUCUAUUAUCUGCUCAAUCACCAGAUGCAAAAGUUCGAAAUGAUGCAGAGACUACCCUUGGUCAGUUCCGUGACCAGAACUUACCAGGAUUUCUGCUAUCCUUAUCCGCUGAACUUUCUAAUGAUAGCAAGCCAGUUGAGUCUCGUCGGCUGGCUGGUCUUAUCCUUAAGAACUCUUUGGAUGCUAAAGAAACUGCAAGAAAGGAUAAUCUUGUUCAGCAAUGGCUGGCCAUUGAUAGUUCCUUUAGAUCUCAGAUAAAAAAUUCUCUUCUCAACACCCUUGGUUCGUCUGUUCGAGAAGUAAGCCAUACAUCUGCACAGGUUGUUGCUAAGAUAGCUUCAACUGAAAUUCCUAGAAAGCAAUGGCCGGAGCUUGUAGGAGUGUUGCUUUCCAACAUGACUCAGCUGGAUAAGCCUGCAUCCCUGAAACAGGCUACCGUAGAAACAUUGGGUUAUGUAUGUGAAGAGAUAUCCAAUGAAGAUUUUGAGCAAGAUGAAGUAAAUGCUGUUUUAACAGCUGUUGUUCAAGGAAUGAAUGUCUCCGAACAAGAUUUGCAAGUUAGACUUGCUGCAACUAAGGCUCUCAACAAUGCCCUUGAUUUUGCUCGGACCAACUUCGAGAAUGAGAUGGAGAGGAACUACAUAAUGGAGGUGAUCUGUAAUGCUGCCUUGGCAAAAGAUGUAGAAAUAAGGCAGGCUGCAUUCGAAUGUCUAGUUUCCAUUGCAUCAACAUACUAUGAGGUCCUUGAACCGUACAUGCAGAAGAUCUUCGAACUUACAUCAAAUGCUGUCAAAUCUGAUGUUGAAGCUGUUGCCCUCCAAGCAGUUGAGUUUUGGAGCUCUAUCUGCGACGAAGAAUUGGAGAUUCAGGACUACGAGGUCCCCGAAACUGGGGCCGGUGUUCCUCCCCCACACUCUCACUUCAUUCUAAAGGCUCUACCUACUUUAGUGCCAAUGCUGUUAGAGACUCUUCUAAAACAGGACGAAGAACAAGACCAGGAGGAUGGAAUUUGGAAUCUGGCCAUGGCUGGUGGCACUUGUCUUGGCCUCGUUUCCAGGACUGUCGGGGAUGCUGUUGUUCCUCUUGUAAUGCCUUUUGUUGAGGGCAACAUCUCAAAAGCUGACUGGCGGUCCCGGGAGGCAGCUACAUAUGCUUUUGGCUCGAUUCUUGAAGGGCCAACCAUUGAGAAGUUAUCGUCUUCUGUAACCGCUGGCUUGGAUUUUCUGCUCAAUGCCAUGAAAGAUGAAAAUAACCAUGUCAAAGACACUACUGCGUGGACUCUUAGUCGAAUCUUCGAGCUACUUCACUCACCAGCCACCGGCUUCUCUGUGAUAACUCCCGCCAAUCUCCAGAGGAUUUUGGGGGUCAUGUUAGAGAGCAUAAAGGAUGCUCCAAAUGUUGCAGAGAAAGUUUGUGGAGCUAUUUAUUUCCUUGCUCAGGGAUAUGAAGAUGCUGGGCCGAGCUCCUCUCUGCUCACGCCUUACCUUCCAGAUAUCUUGACCAGUUUGGUUGCCACAGCUGAACGCAAAGACAGUUGUGACUCGAAGCUUCGAUCUUCUGCUUAUGAAACCUUGAAUGAGGUUGUUAGGUGCUCGAAUCUCUCGGAGACGGCUCAAAUAAUUUCGAAACUUCUCCCUGCUAUCAUGUCAAAGUUGGAACAAACAUUAGCUUUACAAAUCGUAUCGUCUGAUGACAAGGAAAAGCAAGGAGAUCUGCAAGCCUCACUUUGCGGCGCGCUUCAAGUUCUCAUUCAAAAACUGAGCAGCAUUGAUGAGACGAAGCCCGUUAUUCUGCAGGUCGUCGACAAGAUCAUGCUGCUUUUGCUGAAUGUCUUCGCCUGCCGUAGCUGCACUGUUCACGAAGAGGCUAUGCUCGCUGUCGGUGCAGUGGCUUAUGCCAUAGGACCCGAGUUUGGCAAGUAUAUGCCAGAGUUCUACAAAUAUCUUGAGAUGGGGUUGCAGAAUUUCGAAGAGUACCAAGUCUGUUCCAUCUCCGUAGGCGUCGUUGGCGACAUCUGCCGCGCUUUGGACGAGAAGGUGCUGCCGUAUUGCGAUGGGAUUAUGGCUCUUCUCCUCAAGGACCUUCAAAGCAGCGAACUCCAUAGAUCGGUUAAGCCUCCGAUCUUCUCGUGCUUCGGAGACAUCGCUCUUGCGAUCGGAGAACACUUCGAGAAAUACAUCGGCUACGCGUUGCCCAUGAUGCAAAGUGCUGCGGAAAUGUGCGCUCAGAUUGACAACACCGACGAAGAGAUGGUGGACUAUGGUAACCAGCUUCGUCGCAGUAUCUUUGAGGCGUACUCGGGAAUUCUUCAGGGAUUCAAGAAUCGUAAACCUGGCGUCAUGCUGCCCCAUGCACGUCAUCUCCUCCAUUUCAUCGAAUUGGUCGCAAAGGAUCAGCAGAGGGAUGAGAGCGUAACGAAGGCAGCAGUGGCAGUGCUCGGCGACUUAGCAGAUGCACUCGGAUCGAACAUAAACACCAUGUUCCAAGAUUGCAAGUUCUGCACGGAGUUGUUAGGCGAAUGCCUCGAAUCUGGAGAUGAAGAGCUUAAAGAAACUGCGACGUGGACUCAAGGUAUGAUUCAACGUGCGUUUUUAUCCGUGAAUAGCUAAAGUCGGGUAUUCUUUUACUACUUUCGAUUUCUUCCGUCGUGUCUUCUUGCUUGCUUGUCGAAGUGCAGAUGGUGAAAAACUUAGAAACAAUGAAAAUUCUUUUUCAUUGAUCUAUCUAUCGAUCAAUCAAUAUAUCUGCUGCUAAUUAUAAAUUUAUAAAUUGUUACCAUAGAUUUAAGAAUUGUAGAUAUGUUAUUCAAUCCGUAGAUCCUUAUUUCUGGCCAUUCCAAUCCCAGAAAUGGAUUCAAGAAAAUAACCAUAACAAGAGUCAAAAUGAUAUGAAUAGAAAUCUGUCCUCUCUACUAUUGGAAGUAGAAGGCAGAUCACCUUAUUUAUUUAUUUAUAUGUUGAUGAAAUUUUUUGGUAAGUUAUGUAUAUGUAUAUGUGUAGGUAGUUUGUAGGUCACAAAAACCUUAUAAUAAAUAAUAAUAAUAAUAAUAAUAGAUCAAAUUGUGUACAUGGAUACAUUAUCUCUCUCUCU